CCCGGGCGCGUCUGCAGCUCCUCCGCGCCGUUGCCCGUCGCCUCCCGCCGUAUGCUGCUUCGGGUCCGCCCGGCCGCGCUUCCCCGGCUUCUGCGCGCUCUCGGGCCCGCUUCUGUCGCCUCCAUGAGCACCGGCACCUUCGUCGUUUCGCAGCCGCUCAACUACCGCGGCGGGGCCCGCGUGGAGCCGGCGGACUCCUCGGGCACCGAGAAGGCGUUCGAGCCGGCCACCGGCCGGGUGAUAGCGACCUUCACGUGCUCCGGAGAAAAGGAGGUGCAUUUGGCUGUUCAAGAUGCAAAGGCCGCCUUCAAGAUCUGGAGGCAGAAGUCCGGGCUGGAGCGGGGCCGCGUCCUCUUGGAGGCUGCCCGGAUCAUACGGGAGCGGAAGGAUGAGAUCGCCACCAUGGAGACCAUCAACAAUGGCAAGUCCGUCUUCGAGGCCCGCUGGGACGUCGACACCUCCUGGCAGUGCCUGGAGUACUACGCAGGCCUGGCCGGCUCCAUGGGUGGUGAGCACAUCCAGCUCCCAGGCGGGUCCUUCGGUUACACCAGACGGGAGCCGCUGGGUUGCGUGGGCAUAGGGGCCUGGAACUACCCCUUCCAGAUCGCCUGCUGGAAGUCGGCCCCGGCCCUGGCUUGUGGAAACGCCAUGGUCUUCAAGCUCCCCUUCACGCCCGUGUCCGUGCUGCUGCUGGCUGAGGUCUACACCAGGCGGGGCGCCCCCGGCCUCUUCAACGUGGUGCAGGGCGGGGGCGCCACGGGCCAGCUCCUGUGUCAGCACCACGUGGCCAAGGUCUCCUUCACCGGCAGCGUGCCCACCGGCGCGAGAGGCAUUUCAGUGGGCAGAGCCCGCGGCGAGCACCGGGAGCAGGGCUGCAUGGCCCUGCGGUUGCGGCAGCGAGUCUGGGGCCCCGGGCCCAGGUCGCUCAGGGUGCGUCUGCUCUUGUUCCCUGAGGUCAUGGAGGUGUCGGCGAGAGGAAUCAAGCCCGUCACCUUGGAGCUGGGAGGCAAGUCUCCUCUGAUCGUCUUCUCGGACUGCGACCUGGAGAACGCCGAGGGGGCGCUGAUGGCCAACUUCCUCACGCAGGGCGAGGUUUGCUGUAACGGCACCAGGGUGUUUGUGCAGAAGGAGAUUCUGGGUAAAUUCACAGAGCAGGUGGUGAAGCGGACCCAAAGGAUAAAAAUCGGGGACCCCCUUCUGGAAGACACCAGAAUGGGCCCCCUCAUCAACCGGCCGCACCUGGAGCGCGUCCUGGGUUUCAUGGCGGCUUCUCUGUUGCAGGGGGCCAAGGUGCUGUGUGGGGGAGAGCCGUACGCGCCCGAAGACCCCAGACUGAGGGACGGCUAUUACAUGAGUCCCUGCGUGCUGACGGACUGCCGAGACGACAUGACGUGCGUGCAGGAGGAGAUCUUCGGGCCGGUCAUGUCCAUCCUGGCCUUCGACACCGAAGCCGAGGUCCUGGAGAGGGCCAACGCCACCCCGUUCGGGCUGGCCUCCGGCGUCUUCACCCGGGACAUCCAGCGUGCCCCCCCCGCGGCGGCCGAGCUGCAGGCCGGAGUCUGCUACAUCAACAACUACAACGUGAGCCCUGUGGAGCUGCCCUUUGGCGGGUACAAGAAGUCAGGGUUCGGCAGAGAGAACGGCCGGGUCACGGUGGAGUACUACUCCCAGCUGAAGACCGUGUGCGUGGAGAUGGGCGACGUGGAGUCGGUGUUCUGAGCGCGGCCGUGAGGCCUGUGGACCUGCAGAGUGAGAGUGCCGCCCGGCGUCCCCCCUGCCGCCGGGCGUCCCCCGUCACUCAGCCGUCCCCCCGUCACUCGGCCGUCCCCCCGACGGAAAGUGUGCAGAAGUGCCUUAGAUGCUAAUCAAGAGUCAUGGUGUCCCGCAGUUCGAGUUUCCACGUGACCCUGAGCAACAGUAACACACAUCCGGGUCAGCCCGGACUCUGACCCGCCCCCAGACCUGCCCCCAGACCUGCCCCCUGCCCGCUCCCUCCUCUCUGUAGCUUCCUGCAGCGAACUGCUCCUCUCCGGUGCCUGGUGGACCCAGGACAGAGGGCUCGCUGACGUGUUCUCAGCUCCAGCCCCUUGUCAUCCCGCUGCGAAGCCCACGGUCAGGACAGAGGGGCCGGACACUCGGGGGGCCGGGCACUGGAUGGGUCCCUCCAGGGGAGCGCUAACUUGCCAGAGAAAGCGCCGUGUUUCCCCCGGGGCUGUGUCUUCGGCCUUCAGCUUGCUCUCCUGUGCCCCAGCAGUUCCCCGUUAAGUGGACAGGUUAUUUCUGCCACUGCACUGUGCCGGAGUUCAAUAAAUCACACGCUAAUCUGUUCA